AUGGGCAUAUACCCAGGAGUAGUUUCUGAGCAAAAUCGAGCGGCGCUGUUUGCUCUUACAUGCAGGCUGGAGAAAACUAUCAAUGCCACCACUCGUGUCUUGCGCUCCCUACAGACAGAGGUGGAGGAUUUGAACCAAUUGACGAUGACUCAUAGAUUAGUUCUUGACUACCUCCUUGCACGCUCGGGCGGUUUUUGCAAAAUUGUCCCAAAAGGUCAAUGCCAGGUUAAAUUCCAUGACCUUAACAAGACAAUCAAGGACGAAUUGCAAAAAUUACAGGCCCUUGUAGGUGACAACACUCCCACUCAGAAUCCCUGGGAGAAGAUGUGGUCGUGGAUCCCAGGAGAAGGGUGGGUGCAUAGCCUACUGACUGCCUUAGCCAUAGGAGGAUUUAUUUUUCUGUUGCUUCUUUCUGUAAUCCCUUGCUGUCUGUCCUUGCUUAGAGGAAUGAUAAGCUGCAAUAUUAAGCAUCUUACUGACCCCCAGAUUCUGGCAAUAUAUCGAGCUCUGCCCCCGGUGCCAGAGGAGCCAGAGGAGGACCAGGAAGACAAUGGUUACGAGCGAAUGCGUCGGGAACCAGUUCCCCUGCAGGAACAGGUCCCCUUGCAGGAAACAGUGGUUUAUUCUGACAUCCAGAGUGGUAUUCAAGCUCAGGAGUCAGAUGAAUCUUCUCUCUGA